AUGCAGUGUCAGUGGCUAGAUGAAUUGCCCACCCUAUUUGACUCGAUGGUGGAUAGGGGCCUGGAGCCAGAGGAGUUCCACUACAAUGUGUUACUCGACGGGUAUGGCAAGAAGCAUAAAAUGGAUGAAGCUAUGCAUAUAUUCAAGAAAAUGAAACAAAAUGGAUUGAAACCCACAACAUUUACUUACACUACACUAUUAGCAGGGCUAUACCGAGAUGGAAGAAUGAAGACAGUAAAUAAUUUGUUUUAUGAGAUACAAACUUUUGGUCAAUCUCCAGAUGAAGUGGUGUGUAAUGCAGUGUUGAAUGGAUUAUGCAAGAACGGAAAAAUGGAGGAAGCAAUAGAAUUGUUUGAAUCGUUGGAGAGUAUUGGGAUCUCAGUUAAUAUAGAAAUGUACAAUACUCUUAUUAGCAGUUUUUGUCACGCUGGCAAGCUGGAAGAUGCAAGAAGACAUUUUAAUGAUAUCCCAAGAAAAGGAUUGGUGCCUAAUGUAGUAACAUAUACUGCAACGAUUACAGGCCUAUUUCGUAACAAGAUGUUAAUGGAGGCUAACGCAUUAAUUAACCAGAUGGAAGAAAAUGGAUGUUCAUUAGAUGCUAGAGCAUAUGAUACCAUCAUCAGUGGUUUUCUUAUAGCAAAAGAGAUUGACAAGGCAUUGCAAUUUCUUUGCGAGAUGCUGGAAAGAGAAUUUGUACCGAGUGAUUGUGUUGUAUCCUUCUUAGUAAACACUCUUUCUGCAGAUAUUACAAUAUUACAAUAUUAUUCUUAG